UUGACAUGAUAGAUAGUGAUAAUAAUUAUGUGUGAACACGUAUGUUUUAUAUUCAGGGGGAAGAAAAAGUAAAGCUAAAAGAGGAUGUCCCGUAAAGCGGAAGUCGAGCACUUCCCGUAGACGAGAGAACGCGCCAAUACGAUUUUCCGGUUUGCGGGAAGAGGGGCAGCAGCAUGGCAUCCGAAAGCAGCAUGGCUAACGUUAACGGUCGGGAGAGCACGUCCCUGAACGGGGAGCCGGUCGUUAAGCGACCGCGGGAGGGUGUCCCGCAGGAGCACCCACUCAGGACUCCGAAGGAGCCGCAGAACAAAGUGACCGUCGUGCUCGGAGCGCAGUGGGGAGACGAAGGAAAAGGCAAAGUAGUGGACUUACUCGCCAUGGAUGCGGAUAUUGUGUGCAGGUGCCAGGGAGGAAACAAUGCAGGUCACACCGUGGUUGUGGAUUCUGUGGAGUACGACUUCCAUCUGCUGCCCAGUGGGGUGCUCAACAAGAAGGCCAUCUCAUUCAUUGGUAACGGAGUGGUGAUACACCUGCCGGGACUGUUUGAGGAGGCCGAAAAGAAUCUGCGUAAAGGCAAAGGAUUACAAGGAUGGGAGGAAAGAUUAAAGAUUUCAGAUCGCGCCCACAUCGUGUUCAACUUCCAUCAAGCUGUUGAUGGAAUCCAGGAGCAGCAGAGGCAGCAGCAAGAAGGGAAAAAUUUAGGGACCACUAAGAAGGGCAUCGGUCCUGCCUACUCCUCGAAAGCUGCCCGGAACGGUCUGCGAGUCUGUGACCUCGUCUCAGAUUUCAAAGUUUUUGAGGAGAAGUUUCGCAUGCUGGCGGAACAUUUUCGCACCAUGUACCCAAACCUUAAUGUCGACAUCGACAGCGAACUGCAACAGUUGAAGGAAUACACAGAGAGACUGCGUCCUCUGGUAACUGACGGGGUGUACUUCAUGCACAGAGCUCUUACUGGACCCAGUAAGAAAAUCCUGGUGGAGGGAGCCAACGCUGCUCUCCUGGAUAUUGACUUUGGCACGUAUCCUUUCGUGACAUCUUCUAACUGCACCGUUGGAGGCGUAUGCACUGGACUCGGGGUGCCUCCGUCCUAUGUUGGCCGAGUGUACGGCGUUGUCAAAGCUUACACCACCCGUGUGGGUGUUGGUGCGUUUCCAACAGAACAGGAUAACGAGACCGGGAAUCUGUUACAGAGUAGAGGCAGAGAGUUCGGUGUGACCACGGGCAGAAGGCGGCGUUGUGGUUGGCUGGACCUGAUUUUGGUCAGAUAUGCCCACAUGGUCAAUGGCUUCUCUGCAAUUGCUCUGACGAAGCUGGACAUUUUGGACACGCUGCCUGAGAUUAAAGUGGCCGUGGCAUAUAAGGUUAAUGGACAACCUCUGCCAAGUUUUCCAGCAAACAUGGACGUUUUGACACAAGUGAAAGUGGAAUACGAAACGUUGCCCGGCUGGUGCUGCAGCACGGAGACGGCUCGGAGUUUCGAGGAGCUUCCGGUGCAGGCUCAAAAUUAUAUUCGGUUCAUCGAGGACUUCCUGCAAGUGCCAGUGAAGUGGGUCGGAGUCGGCAAGUCCAGGGAGAGCAUCAUCAAACUGUUUUGAUCUCUCCGUCUUCUGCUUCCCCCGCCUCCCCCCUGCAGUCCUCGACACCAGCUCAGAUGAUACCUUGAGGUUUUCAUAGGUUUACCAGAAGAGUUUAAAAUGCACACUCUACCCGGUAGGAAUACUUUACCAGCAAAGGUACCUGUGAAGCCUUUUAGUUGCUGCUUGUCCAACACAUCCACGGUAAUUCUUCAGAUAUAAUUUAUGCAUUCCACCGAUUCUACGUAUUAAUGAGGGUCUUGAUUUUUAAAAAGCUUGUACAAAAAAGUCAAUUAUUCUUGAAGCCACUCCUCAGUAUAUUUUUAACAUUGGAGGCUAAUUUAGCUCAUUUGACAUCUGUUCACCAUGCAGUUAUUUUUUUACCUGUAGAGCCACUGAUGAACAGGUGUGGAAGCCGUUUGUAUUUAAAAGGUUAUUUUCCGACUUUGUUAUUAGAGGGUGAGCCAUGUUGUGGUUGUGAACUUUUCUAUUGAGCAAUUUUAGAUCACUUUACAAGACCAGACAUGAAUCAGUCUCAUUAAGUUUGUAACAUGCGCUCUAUGGGGAUUGUUGGAAUGGACGUAUUGCUUUGAAACAAUUGUUAAUAAAAGAAGAAAAAAAAGCAUAAAUUGACUCUAAGCAACUUUAGUUGAAGACAUUUUCACAUCCACACACAGAUUUGCUACGUUAGUUGAUCAUUUUAUGUAUUUGGUCCAUCUUGUAUGAUGCUUACUCAACUUGCUAUUAAAUAAAAGUCAACAAAAGGAAA